ACGUUUGCAUCUUCAGAUAGUUUAGGGAAGGUCCAAGAAGUAGCAAACUGGCUUUUGGAAAUGAAUCAGGAACUCAUAUCUGUUGGCAGCAAGAGACGACGAACUGGUGGUUCUAUUCGAGGUAAUACAUCAAGCCAAGUGGAUGAAGAGCAGAUGAAUCGAGUUGUGGAGGAGGAACAACAGUUACGACAACAAGAUGAAGUUGUUGCAAGAAAUGGGGAAAUUGGUGAAGGCCAACCUGGACUGUGUCAUAGAAAUGAAUCUCAAUUGGAAGAAAACAACAACAGAUUUAUUGAAGUAGAUGAAGAAUAUUCUGGCAACCAAGAAGAGGAGGAAGAAGAUGAACAUACUGGCAUACCAGAGGAAGAGGAGGACAUGGAGGAGGAAGAAGAAAUGGAUCAAGAUAGUGAUGAUUUUGAUCAAUCUGAUGAAAGCAGCAGAGAUGAGCAAACUAAUUGUAAUAAUAUCAUAAAUUCAAAUGGUAAUAUGGACUUAGCAAUACAUCAGCAGUCAUCGCCAUUCUAUAUUAAAUCUAAGAUCCUUGAAAAGUGCUAUCCUAUCCCAUCUCAGUCUUUACUUAUGAAGGUGAAAUGCCCAAUUUCCAUCAAGGUCUUUGUAUAA